AUGUCAACCCCUCCCAACCGCCCGACCCCCCAAUCCCUCCCACGUCUGACAAUCCCAGCCAGCCGGUACAAGGUCUCGCCAGAGGAAAUAACCACCCGCCGGGCAGACGCCUUCCUCGCCUUCUGCCAGAAGCACGGGCGGGCGCCGAUCACGCGCCUGCCGACGCCCAACCCGCGCAGAGCACCCAUCUCAGACCCAAACUCGAAGACGAGCCCGUUGAGCAGCUUGGAAGAGGAGGAGGAUGAGGAGGAGGGCACAUCAUCCAACAAUAACAACGGCAAAUCCUCCAACUCCAACUCUCCCAACGACAACGAAGACGAAGACGACUACGACUCAGACUCCCCCACGCCCACUCCCCCCCCAACCCUCGCCUUCACGGAGCGCGAAGACGCGACCAUCGAGUCCACGCUGGCCUCCUACAACGCCAUCAAGGAGCAGCACACGCGGUGGAUCGAGGAGCUGCAGGCGAACCCGCGGGACCGCGCCGCCCUGGCCCAGUGCCGGCACUGGCGCCAGCUGCGGGAGCGGCUCGACCUCGAGCUGCGCGCCAUCUGGGACCGCCGGGAGAUCCGCCGCCGGUUCCGCGCCGACGUUAACAAUGUGGAUGGCUUGGUGAACUGGUAA